GGACUGCGGAGUUGCAGUCGGGACAGCUCUCAACUUUUCAGAAACUCUCCUCAGAGAGUCUGAACGACGUCCUGCGUGCCAUGCUGGGACUGUAACGCUCCUCGGAUCGCUGUUUGGUUUUCCUCGCGCUCCUGUGACAUGGCUCCGUUUGGAAAAAACUUCCUGAAAGCUCGACUGAAAAACAAGUAAGUUGUGGCUGAAAACCUGUGUUUUUUUUCUUCGUGUCCCGGUAAGGUAAAACUUUAAGUGUUGAGUGGUUAAGGAGGGAAAAUUACGCACGACGCAGGCUGUGCGUAAUACGGGGAUAUGGUAGAACUGCGCGCGGGGCGAAUAAGGGCAGAUUAUCGAUGCAAUCACGUUCGUCAUCACAGAUGACUGAUAAUAAUGAAGGGAAAAAGUUAUAGCAAAACCACAAAAUUGAAUUUAAGUUAACAAAGAGCAGCAAACUGUUAGAAAACAAACCCAUCAUGUCCAGUAAAAGUCACAAAAUGAUUCGAUUAUUCAACUCUGAACCAUAUGAUCAAGUUUUAAAAAGUCUAAAGCUACUACAGGGACGUGAAUGGGACACUCAAUGUGAACAAGUAUAUCUGUUAUGAGGCUUUUAAAGGCAGUCCAGAGGGGAGUUUAAGCUACACUGCAAAAAUCUACUUUCUGUUUUUAAAAAAAGUUAAAAGUUAACAUUUACUUUUGAAAAGACAUUUAAAAUAAACAAAAACGUUGAAUAAAUGUCUAUAAAAAGACCAUCACACACUUGUAAUUCCAGUUCUGUCACAUGAUUUGUUUCGCCUAACGCAUAAACAACUUUAACACUUUUAAAUCAUCAUAUUAAAUAGAUUUUCAAGACACGUCAUUAAUUAAGCACUAAAAUAAUCAUGAGUCUUCAUGUUGUCUGUCCAAGUGGACAGCUGAAGAGAGUAGAGAGUUGGGGGGAUGUACAGCAAAAGGUUGUGCCUGCGAAUCAAAUGCAGCAAGGUGGUCCAAGCACUGUACAUUACAUGGGGUGUUUGGACCACUAGGCCACCAGCACUACAACAAAACCCCAAAGACACAUUUUUAACUCGUCACUUAAGUCAGCUAAGACGCCUUUCUGCCGUUUUAAAAGAAAUCGACAAGCCUGGUCCACUUGGUGCUAAAAUGAAAAAGGAUUUUAACUUUAAAGGUACAGUGUGUGAUAUUUAAGUGGUAGAAAUAAUGUUUACUUGUGUGCUUCAAUUGGCGUAUUAUUGCCUGAAAAUAGAAUUUGUUUGUUAUUGUUGACUUCGACAAGUCAGACAAGACUGACAUCUUGCACCAUUUUGUUUCUACGGCAACACAGAGUGGACAUAUUUACAAUUAAUGAGUGGCCAUGUGAAGUGGACUGGCUAGAAGAGUUAAAUGAAGGAGAAAGUAGUUGCUGUUGUGCGCUGAGGAUUUAUUUGAUGCUAAAUCUUGACAAAUGGAGGUUCAGACUUAACAUGCAUGACAGCAGCUUCUUGUCCUGAAAGGCCACCGUCCUUUUAUGAGCAGUGGGGGUGAGGACAGGAGCAUCGACCUGUUUUUGACUGAUUUUCUAUGUUGAAAUCCCUGGGAAUAAUUGAUUUAUUUUUUCUUUUUUUGCUUCAACAUAAUUUAAGCCUUUUUGAGAGUUUUGCACCUGCAGUUAAAAAGUGUUUAUCCUGCAAGUUAAGGCUUGUAAACUGACAGGGUUUCACUCAUUUACACCACACUGUACAUCAAACUAUCAGAGUCCCCUUUCCUGCUCUGUAAUUACUGCAGAGAUCUCACUUUUAACGUAUGUUUCAUCAGGGUCACCAGAACUGAAGACCAUUUUAUCUUCAGGUAGAGUCGUCCUGUCAUCAGCACUCUUAUAAUUUGCUUCAGUGAAUCCCCUGAGCGGCCGGUUUGGCCUUUUGAUGUGCCUCUCUGCUGCAGCUCAGAUCCAGCCCCUACUUUGAAAAAGGGUGUGAAAAUUAGAUUCGCAGAGCCACAAGCUGUCCUCUGUUAUUGAUUCACAGAUUCUAUUUGGGGGCUGUUGGCUGCAAACUUUGUUGUGCAGAGUUGGAAACAAUGAUUUUUUGGAGUAUCUAGGUCAGGAUCCAAUCUCUAACAGCGUGCAGGAACUGUUUCUGCAGCCAAAAUGAGGAUCAGGAAAGCUUUAAUUGAGGCUUUAUUCAUCAGCUUUUCUUAUUAACACCUAACCGAGCUGAGAAGUUUGGAUGAAGUUCAGAAAUAAAAGUCUUUUUAUGCUAAAUUGCUGUUUGACAGUGGCACCAGCAGCAGAAGAGAUGUUUUUUUUGACGCUCACGCACACACGACGAAUCUUUGAUCGCUUCAAACAGUCUGAGUGAUGCCGUCUCCUGUGGAUGUCUUAUUUUUCAUCUUGUGUAGUAAUUACCAUCCCGGCACCUAUAAUUACCUCAAGUGUUUAGAUCUGCAGAUAUGUCAAACACUUGAUUUCAGGCUGGCUCCUGGGACAUGAAAGUGGGAGUUUGCACCUCCAUAGCGGCUCUUAAACAGAGCGUUGGAACAUCAAAACUUUCAGAAUUAAACUGAUAAUUGCAGCUGACAAAAAAACCCAAAAAAACGGGCACGUCAUUAAGCUGCUGCAGUGGAGGGAAACAACACUUACAGACCUCAAAUGUCUUUAAAUUGAACGCUUUCCAGUCUGUGGCAUGUGUGACUGCAGCUAUGACAACUUCGGCUUAAUCCUGCUGUUAUGUCACAAUAUCAACGUGACUGCAUUGUGCAAGAGAGGACCAAUUAGCUGCUACAAAUGUUUGGUUUUACACGAAUUAUCAGACCACCAAGCAGUUAAAUGGAUCGAUCAACUCUAGAGAGAAUAAGUCAGUUAUUUUCACUGAGCUUAUUUGGUGAUUCACGGAGCCAGCAGAGGGAAAAGAGGGUGGGUGGUUUCCCAGAGGAAGACAGGAGAGGAGGAGGAGGAAGGGGUGUGUUGUGUCUCUGCUCACAGAUGCCUAUCAGAGCAGGAGGAGAGUCAUCCCAGAGAUCAACAUAUCCAGAUAGAAAAGUGUUGUUAUUUCCUCAACAAUCCCUCAUCCUCUUUGAGAUAAGAGCGAGAGGAAGCACCUCCUGUCCGGAAACCAGUAUCUGCUCAGCUAAACUCUCUGUUUACCCUUGUUCCUUCCAUCUAAAUAAGCUACUAAAGAGACACUGUGUUUACACCAGACAAGUCUUAGAUAUCCGUGUUAUCGUGAUGAAGCUAUUUUUACGAACAGUAUCCUGGAGUACGUCGACUUGAAGCACUUGUUUUUACCACCAACAGGCUUCAAUCAGCUGCUCCCAAAAUGGUUCAUCAUUCCUGGGUUCCCUUUGUAUCAGAGAGAGGCUGUGGUGGUUUUGCUUUCACUAGAGUCACCAGACUAUAUCCGCAAAAACAGUCAUUUGACAGAGAAAAACAGAAGUUUAUGGUCUAAUGCUGCUUGAAUCGGACAGCCCACCUGCGCUGUUGUGGGACAUUUGCGAUGUAACAUGAAAUUGUUGGUUUGGUUGCAUGGUAGCUCAAACUUUUGUUACUUUUUCAGCACCGGUACAGCAUUGAAGUUCCGCGAAGCUCAGCACUUUAGGUAGGUCAAACUAGGGCUGGGCGAUAUGGCCUCAUAUCAAUAUCACCAUAUAUUGAGCAGUUCACCUCGAUAACAAUAAAUGGACGAUAACUUCUCUGCAAGCUGCUCACCCCCUCCCACAUUAACUUCGUCUACUUCAGCCGCUACAACUUUUGAAUCAUCCUCCAUCUCCUCACCUGUCUUUCCCUCUUUGUUAUGGACUGGAUGGGGUGGAGUCACGUCUCUGACAUAGGACAGACCAUAGCCCACCUACACACAUCCAAAACUAACUUUUAUUUAUUAAUUUUUUUGACACUGAAUAUAUCGAUAUGGGCAAAAUGACGUCGGUUAUUGUCGUAAAAUUCGGUAUUGGUAAAUUUUCUGUUUAUCACCCAGCCCUAAGUCAAACAGUUCAAUGUGGCUUUAAUGUAAAUGAAAAGAAAAAUAAUUCCUAGAGUGGGAGGGUGGACUUUUGUUACCUGUGUUUCAACAGGGUGGUAGGGGCUCAUGUAAAACUGUAAGUGCUCAGGGUGACGUCUGCCCAUCAGUCAUUCACCUACAGCUCGAGAAAAGCAAUGCCUCAGACGAAACAUGUCCACUACUGAUGACGACAGUGAGUCAUCUCACAAAACAGAGCCUCCACACCCUGUGCUGGUGAAUCCAACUGGCUGCCAUAAUCUACAGACAGACCACUUUGACAGAUGGUGAACCCAAUGACUUAGCAAACCUAGAUAGAUUAGCAUUUAAGCUAGCAAGCAAUAAGCCCACUUGUAUGACAUUGAGAGGCUGUAUUAUGUGAUAGGUAAUGUCAGCAUAUAGUAGCAUGGUUAUAUCAGACCCACCCUGCAUGUAAAAUAACAUCGAAACUCUACUUAGAGAGAUAGGAUAGAGGAGAGAGCAGGAAAACAGGAAAGUACAAGCAAGGUAUGAGAAAGGGCUGCAGGUUGGACUUGAACCUGGGCUGCCAGUUCCAGGAACUAAGCUUCUGUACAUCAGAAACAGAUAAUUUAUUAACAGUGGUAUUUUGCAGAUCAGUCCUGGUUAAAAUCGAUUGCAGCAUUUAUAAGAAUGUUAUUAUAAAAUGGUUUUCUUUCUUGCUAACCGAGAAAGAGUGUUUACAACUACAUGGAUGCAGAUACGCUUCCACAGAAGGUGCUUUUUUUAGCACCACCUACAGUCUGAAUACAGGAUAUUGCUAAAAAUUCCAGUUUCUACACACUUUCUUUCUGUAUAUUUUGAUAUUCUCAGUGUAAAGUUUGUGCGUAUGUUUGGUUGUUUACUGUGGAGUUCCUCAGGGGUCAGUUUUAGAUCCUCCUAGGUUUUCUUUAAAAACUUGACAAAUACAGGAUCAUACUCCUCAUCACAGUUGGCUUUUUGUCCUGUCAUUAUAAUGUAGAAUCUGACUGAUUGCUAAAUAUUCCUAUUUCUGCAUACUUUGCCUUUAAGACAUAAAAAAACUUCUUUGUGCUCUUGGCCUCAAACCUGAAAAGAAAAAAAAUCAGAAUACAGGAGUUGCUUAUCUACCUUUGCUUUAUUCUGUAUUAUUGUAAGACCUUUGUAUGCGAAAUGGUUUGUUGUGAUCCAGCUUAAUAUUUGUUUAACACAAAAUAACACAAAAGACUAAGAAUGCAAAGCAGCAGCAGCAGACGGGUAUUUCUAGUUUUCUGUGUGGUAAACUCCUCUCUGUGAAUGGAGGCUGGUGGCUUUGAAGAGAGUGAUAAAAAGGCUGAGUAUGGUGUCUAAUAAAACAUCUUAACCUUGAGCAAAGAGGCCUUUCUGGGUGGGGAUUCAUACUCACUGAGGAUAACAAUUUAAGCUGCUCAGAUGCACCAGAAUUAAUCUUCAGCCUUUAUCGUAUGUUUUCUUUCUUUAAAUAAGACAGCACAAUAUGGGUUCACUCAGAAGUUAACAUUGGUUUAAGAGCAGACCAGCCUUUCAUUAAGUCAGGUCAGGCUCAUAUGAUACUUUCAUUUGAGAUGUAUGGCCUGAUGCUAUUAACAUUUACUCAUAAGGGAAUCAGUGUAAAGGUCAUGUGUCUGUAAUGAGAUGUGUCAUGCAUAGCAGAGCAAUAGGAGUUCAAGCAAAUGUCAAAAGACGAUUUUGUUUUAGUCCAACAAUUAUCUGCAUGAUAUCAUAAACAUAUUAUUAAACAUAUCAAUUCCCAGUCAUACAGAUGUGUUGCUUCUUUGCAUGAGGACUAUGCAGCAGUCCUCCUAUAAUAUUCUUAAAACCUUGGUUUUAACAGCUGCAGCCUCUCGACUUUUCUUCCACACCACGAUGAGUUUGACAAACUGGAUGUGGUUUUAGGAAAAACAGGCAGAUAACUGCAGGAUUAAUCACCAGGCACGUCUAAGUGUAACAGCAUGAAGCAAUUUCCAAACCAAAUACUUUUUAUCUUUAUGCUGGAAGGAGUCUCCUUAAAAUAUUAACAUAACAGUAAAUGUAGUUUCUAACUGGACACUUUACUUCAUCAGAACAUUGCACCAUGAACUUCACUCCAGGGCUCCUUUAACCGCCAAAAUAUGCAUUAGAAAAUCGAGACUACUCCUUACAAGGAUGACCUGCAAGCACACUACAGAAAGACAGCUAGCCAGCUUUCUAAUUGUGCGGUAUAAGGACAUAUAAACACUGAUAAAUGACAAUAACCCUGUCAAGAUGUCUCUUAUAGACAGCAACAUUACUAGCAUAAGAUACAAAUACAAAUGUUAAUACAUGUCAUUACAGCUGAGACAGUGUAUAUAAUAUAGGGAUGGGCGAUAUGGGCUAAAAAUUUCAUCACAAUAAGAUUUGCCAUUCUAGCAAUAACGAUAAAAGUCCUGGACUCAUUUUGUCUUAAGAACACCUGUUGGAAUAGUCAAAUAAGAUAAUUAAUCACACAAGUUUAAGUGGUAAGUUAUGGGGGUGGGAAUCGCCAGUGGCCCCUCGAUACAAUAUUAUCAUGAUACUCAGUCCACAAUAUGAUAUUACAGCAAUUUUUAACAUUUUGCAAUACAGUGAGUAUUGCAAUACAAUAUAUUGCGAUUUAUACUUUUUUUUUUCAGCUGUUUAGCUAAUUUAGCAUUUGUCUUUCCUUUAUGUUUGUCUUAUUUACGCUGUAUUUUAUGUUCAUGUAGCAUCUACUGUCGGAUGUCAGGCAUACGUGAUUGCACAUGCUUGCAUCAUUAACUCGCAUUUAUUGUAUUUAUCGUGACAUGGCAAAUUAUUAUCACAGAGGAUUUUUCUGACGAUUUAUUGUUAACAAUAAUUUAUCGCCCAUUCCUAAAUAUGAGAGGGAGAAGGAGCUGCAGAGCCACAAGUACUAUAAAAUACACAAAGACGCCUACUAGAGCAAGUGAAAUAGCAUACAACCUCUGUUACACUUAUCUUUUCUGUGAGUUUUGUCACACAAAGUCUGAAAAUUUGGGGUUUUGUUCACAUAGAGCAUCAGCAAGAAUCUCACGUAUCAAUAUCUCAAGAUGUGGGCAGUGAAAGUAAGUCAAGUAUCUGCAUUUUUAUUCCUUUAACUAAACUAGAAUCUACUUCGAAGUAGUAAUUCUAAAGAUUUGUCAUCAACAAAAUUACAGUUUUGAUGUAAUUUAGAAGCAAAUGUUCGCUUGUUUUCGCCUUGAUGAUGAGAAACUAAUGACGUUUUCACUCUAUGGUAAGAAAAAUCAGAGCCUGUUGACAGAAGUGGCUGCAGGAUGUAUUUGCUGAUACUCUAUAAAAGACUUAUGUCUGCUGUUUGCAUUCACAUAUGAUAUCUGCAUUGAUCUGAGAAAACAUGCUGAGACACCUGAGAGCCAUAAUUCUGUCAUUUGUUACGACACGUUCAAACCACCAGCAUGCAGCCAUCUGCGGUGACUUGCAGUCUGCAAAUUUUACAACAGAGCGAGAAUUGUUGAAGUCCUCAAGGCUGUUAUUAUGAGUGUUACAAUGGAAGAGUGCCAUGCCACCAUGGUGGGGCUGUAAUGCAAUCGGUCCGCGCAGAAACUGGUGCUGAAAGUUCAGAUCAUUUAAAUGUGGUUUCCUCCCACGUGUCUGAUGUCUCUCUGGGUUUCUCAGGUUGGAGGUUCAAACGGAGGUCAAGCGGCUGCGCUCGGGUUUCUUGGGGUUGCUGGAGUGUGAAAUGUUGAGGUCUGGCUUCCCCCUUGUGUUGUUCACAAUCUCCUUUAACAGGAUGUGUUUGAAUAUUUCCAGUGUUCAUCAUGUUUGUUAUUGGUAAUUGGAGUCGAUCAUAAAAUUAGUGUCAGUUUUGUUUUUGGUCUCACCUGUGAACGAUGAGGGCGCCCUCAUUUCUUACAAUUGGCAACCACAGCUUCAUCUCAUGCUAUGAAUAUCAAAUAGCACCUUAAGUGACAGCCCUUAUGAGCGUGUUAGCGUUGAUGCAGCCAGCCUAAUAAUGCGUGUGGUAUUUGUUUUCAUACCGUGGGGAGUUGACUAAUAGAGAUAACGGGUAUUUGUGCUCCCGAGGACUGACACCAGCAGACGUAUCAGAAAGUUUGUCUUCAAAAUUUCAAACUUUCUCAGUUUUCCUCUAUUAAAAUUUGGUUCACAACAAUUUUGCAUGAAUUUUUAACUCAUUUAUAGUGAUCUCUUCUCAUCACCACUUUCUGUUAUACUUCUUGGUCUUAUCUUGGACUCUAUAGAAACUCAGCGCUCAUAAAAGUCAGUAUGUCACGUCUUCUCAAUGAGACAUCUUUUUCUUUCACCUCAAGCUAAAAAUCACAACUGUCAACUGUUCGGUUUCAACUUGCCAAUGUUUGGAUGGAAAGCCCUGGACUCAUUACAUGCAAUUAGAAAAAGAAAGAAAGGCCAUGUUUAUAAGAUUUGCAGACAGAGAGCAUGCUUUUUUUGUUGCACGUACAGAAGUUUGGAGACAGACACCAUGAAGUCGAGAUUGGAUUCACAUCAUAGGUAAAAAUGGGUGAUUUUUUUAAGAUGAUUUGAACAGCAGAAGUCACAUGGAUUCAUGCCACCUCAGCAUGUGAUCUGAUUCAGAUGUAUUAUGUAUUGUUGACAUUUUGGUCACAUUACUGUAGUGUUUAAAAACAAGUCUGUAGUGACCGCUGUGGAAUUCAUUUUUUCCUCUUCCUGCUCAUUGAACUGUUGGGGCAGGAUGUAGUGUGAGCGUUGGUGAUUGUGGCUCAGGACAAAUACAGGUGUUUCCCGGCCUCACUGUCCCCUCUUCCUGCACAGCUGAGGUCAUGGGUCAGCCUCAGUGAAAUAUCUGUCUGUGGAGCAUGUUUGCUCACCUGUAUGAUGGGAUACACAUCACCAUACUGAUCAAAUACUGUCCUCUUUAGUGACCUUUUCCUCUUUUUUUCCUGCUCAUAUAUUCGUCCAGCCUCUUAAUCAUCAUUCAGGGACUUCAACCAAUCACAUGCACACUGGAUUCAACCUCAAAAAGUUUCCAUGACAGUUUCGCUGUGAUUUGAUGGUGUCCACAGGUGUAUCCUUCCCCACAUCCAGCCUCUAUCUCCCCUCCUGAUCAUCCCCUGUGUUCGGAGGCCUCCCUGAAGAGGCCAGAGUUGGAAACGUCAUGGUUGAUGUGUCUGAAUGCUCCGAGUGUUAAGCGUUUGUUUGUCCUGUGCAUAGCUCAGGUAUUUGCUUUCCCUCGCUCGUCUCCAAGGGUCUCCGUAACCAUUAACCAGCCUGUCGCAUUGUUGCCUGCGUAUUGCAUUCCUGAGACCUUAUUCAGCAGGGGUUUACACAAUGCUUCAAUGUGAGUGUUUUCAUGCCGUGUGGGAACCAAAACACGGCGGUAUCAGACUGUAAAAUCUGAAAAUUGUGAGAUAAAGCGGCGUUGAAGUUCUCCUGUUUGAACUGUUUUUAAUACAUCUCACUUGCUGGUGUCGGCCUGCAGGCGGGUUUAAUCUCCACCAUCUUCAGACUCUUCCUCCUGACUGCGACUGGUUAAUGUGGGCCGCAGUCAGGCAAGGUAAUAUCAGAAAGAAGACACUGGAGCUACAUGAUGCAUGGUUUAGAUCUAAAAAACAUCGCUCAGGCAAACUAAGGCAAAAAAACAGAUUGAACAUUUGAUUUCAUGGACUGAACGCCUGCUGGCUAGAAACAGCCUUUAAUGAUUUUUCUAUGAGCAGUUAGAAACUGUCCACACAUCAGACUGGUGAUCCACACAGAGAUGAAAUGGUAGUCGUUUACGGAUUUAUGCACUCUCUGACCCAUUUUCCAAGAAGUACCAAUUACAGUUACCUAAAACGCCAUUUCUGUGUGGACGAAACGCCGAUACGACAAAAAACUUUUACGUUUACUCCUGAAUUCAUUUCCGUGCUGACGGGUUGAUACCGCCUUCAGACAGACUUUGCAGCAGGGAGUGGUUUGCUCUUCAUCCGAAACUGCGAAGCUGUUCCAAUUCAACACGACUCUUGCCCUAUUUAGCCAUGAAAUUAUUGUUUUCGUUUUGUUUUUCAAUAUAAGGGUUACCACAGGGGGCGCCAGAGUCAACAUAGGCAGAGUUUCUUACAGGAGCUUUAAAUAAAAAGACCAAUAGGACACAGAACUUGAAUAAGAUUGAAUCAAUAGAGUAAAAUCAAACAAUUAAAGUUCAAACAUCAUGUAAAUGCUAGAAAAAGGGUUUUAAAAAAUCGACUCUGCAAUUGAAAAAAAGUUGAUGCGCCCGACCAUAAAACCUUCCUGAAGUCAUAUUUUGACCUUAUUAUGAGUGCCGACACCUUUUUUAUGGUCUGCAGUUGUCUCUCUUUGGAUUUCGCUCCUCUCCCUUCAACUAACAUGAAGAAGUGUGUUACCGAACCAAAGCUGAACUCUUACAGUGAGUCUGCAGCCUGUGGACCAAACGUGACACUCACCAGAUGACAGGCACGCCGCUCUGAUUUAUUACUGUUAAUAGUUAAAAGGAGAAUGACCCGUUUACCCAGAUUCCUGCAGAUACACCGCAAAAACUCAAAUCUGAACAAGCGUGUUUGACUGUGUUUGUUUUUUUUCAAAAGUACCUCACAGGAUUCAAUUUAAAGUCAUGUUUAUAUUACAAAUCCAGGUAAUCCUCUAAUUUCAAACUAAAGGCCUAGAUGAGCACUUUAAUCCCAUUACAUGAAGCUGAAAGGCAGAUUUUGUUAUGGUAUAGACAGAAAUUUAUCCUAUAUUCAGGAUUAUACCUGAACUUAUCAGGCUUAUAUAAAGUUCAAUAAGAUAUUUUGGACUGGGAAUCAGGCAAAUAUGCCUGCCAAGAUUUAAGUUUUUAAGAGGAAGAGCUCCUGUCCAGGAUAUUUUAAGGGUAAUCUUCCUGAGAGUCUUUAAGAAAGCACCAAUAAAACCACAUAAACUGCAGAAUAGUCUUCACUGAGGAAGAAACUUUACAUUUUAAAAAUACUUUGUCUCCUUUAUAUUAAUAAUUACGAGAUGUAUUAGUCUUUAUCUUGAAAUCAAAUUGAAAUGUCUGGCAAUGUUAUCUCCUGAUCCGAUUACCUCCUUGUGUUUUGGAUGUCUGCAUUGCCGGUGCCGAUCGUUUAAUGACUGGAUAUUAGGCCCCGGAUAUUACCGGUGGUCCAUUAAGCACGUAAAAAAUGAAUAUCAUCGGCCAAUCAGAGGUCAAUUUUUGAGCAAGUUUGACCAUCCAGACCUAAAGGUAAUGAGGGCCCGGGGAUUAAAUAGCUCUGAACCGAACCAUUAAGUGAUCAUCAGAGAUGAGUGAGAUGAUGAGUAACGGUCUAAUAGAAUCAAGGCAGAGGGCACGAAUGUAGUUUUCUGCUCACUGAUCUAAUGGAAGAACAUGAGGUAGGAACUGUUGAAGAAAACGUACCGCAGCACUGAGACUGCUGAGCUCUGUAACCGCCGUAAAGAAUAACUUUCUGUAUACAGUGUUGUUUUAAAACUACCAUAGGUGGAGUUUCAUCAUGGUAUUCACGACAAAUCUUGACUCUCCUGAGGCACAGACCCUGGUAUUACCUCAUAAUCCCUAUGAGGUCUGGUGGAGAAGGUUAAUAUUAUCAGGAAACAUUUUGUUUGUUCUGUAGAUGUUUUAUUUUACUUCUUGUAGAUAUCAGAUGGACUGGCAGCUAUUUAGCUCAGAGAAUUACAUCUACAAAGCAUCCUUUAUUCAAAUGGCAAAGACCUCUCCAUUUUUAAUCCCCGAUCCAUCCACCCAUCCAUUUUCUACCACUUAUCCUAUUGGGGGUUGCGGGGGGCUGGAACCUAUCUCUGCAUCUUGGGGCAAAGGCAGGACAAGCCUGGACAAGUCGCCAGUUCAUCACAGGGCUGACAUAUAGAGACGAACAACCAUCCACACUCAAAUUCACACCUACGGGCAAUUUGAAGGUGACCAGUUAACCUAACCCCACUAUUGCAUGUUUUUAGGAUGUGGAAGGAAACCCACGCAGUUACAGGAAGAACGCGCAAACUCCAACCCAGGACCUUCUUGCAGCGAGGCGACAGUGCUAACCACUAAACCACUGUGCCUCCCAAUUCCCAAUCCUUGAUCACUGUAUUGACCUUGUUUCUUUUCUCUUUCACAGGACAAAAGAUGCCGAGCCUGUGGUGGGAAAGGAGAUCCAGGUUACUGUCUGCAAUGAGGAGAAAGUUGUCUGCGGAGUAACAAAGCACACGACAUGUGCGGAUAUGAUUCAGGCCUUACUGGAUGAUCACAAGUCGCUCCCUGAGAGCAAGCGGCUCCUGCACGGGGAGCCCAAAGACUUCUUUCUGGUGGAGCGAUGGAAGGGUUUCGAGAGAGCUUUGCCUCCUCUCACCAGGAUCCUAAGACUCUGGUAUGCCUGGGGGGACCAGAGACCCUUCAUCCAGUUCAUACUCAUCAAAACCAGCGACUUUGUUCCUCAGCCUACUAAGAAGGUGGGAAAGUCCAAGGGUGCCAGGCCUAAGCGGUGGGAGAACGGUCGCGCUCAGCACACCCAGGCUUUACCGGCGGAGAGGCAAAAGCGUAUGGUGAAGAAAGCUUUCAGGAAGCUGGAGAAGCUGCACAAGGAAAGCAAGAACACCCCAGGUGCUGAUGAGGUGGACCGAAUGGUGCAGCUUAUUCUCAACCAGGACCACACCAUCAGGGAGCAGAUCCAACGCAUGAGGGAGUUGGAUUUAGAGAUUGAGCGGUUUGACUUACAAAUGCAGAAGGAAGCUGAAUCUGAGAGUCCAGCAGCUCAGGCUUGUGGUCAGAGCUUUGAGGACCACUUGGAGGAUCAGUUGCAGGAGUAUCUUUACACCAGUGAUGGAGUGGAACAAAUUGAGCUGCAGGUUCAGAGGCAUCAGGAACUAAUUCACCAGCUGUCGAAGGAUAUUGACGCUGAGCUCAGGAGGGCCAACAUCCCCCUGAGCCCUUAUGAGGACUGUGAACAAGAAGGAGCUGCAGCUGCUUCCUGGUCCCCAAUGGAGACCGAUGAAUUGUUCUACUCUACUGAACUCAAGAGGUUACAGGAUGAACUGAACCACAGCCUCUUCGCCGGUGUUUCCCUUCACAACCAAGCUGCUGAGCUAGACAAGCAGCUGAAGAACUACGAGGCGUCCCUGGUCUCCAAGGACCAGGAGUGCUGGCAGCUGGCUGCCCACCUGAACUCUCUGCAAAUAGCAGACAAAGAAGAGGAAGAGCAGCCCAGUCCUCUUCCUCUGAAAACCGAGACCCAGUGCAGCGUCUCGCAGGCACUGAAACUCAAACACAGUCUGUCUCCCCUAGACGUGACAGACACAGACUCAGACACAGGGAUUAGCUCCACACACAGUCAGGACUCGUUGUCACCAUGUCUGGACUUCCCUCCCCCACUGGACACAGACGUGUGAAUAACCCCAGUGACCCUGCAGUUUAAAGUUUCCUUGUGCACUAGCCCCAGUUUGUGCCUGACAGUAAGAGUGUAGCACUGGAUUGUCUGAGGAACCAAUCGUGAAGCGGCUUUAACCUAGACCUGAAUCAAACGAUUGAAUGACCAGUGUUGUCAUCGUCAAGAAAUGCUGCCUUUAUGUCGCUCAUUUUGUUGUAUUUGUUACUAAAAUAUACAAUAUAUAAUUUGUAAAGACUUUGUUGUGGUUUUGAGACGUCCCAGUUUGAGUCACAGGACCUCUUCUUUAGAUUAAGCAUGAGCGCCAACAGCAGUCCAUCAGUUUAUGACAGCUGAGUAUUCCAGCUUUUAACUGAUUGAUUGAGCAAGUGUGCACGCCACAUUCCCCGAGUGCUUCACACUCCUAAGAUGAUCCAAGCCCACUCAAGCUAAUGAUCCCAAUUCCACAAAGACAAUGUGGCACAUCCCAGAACGGUCCGUCCAGCGGAGUUUGAACCCAGCAAAGCAAUUUACAGGAAGUUACAUACAGAGCAUCUAAACUAUUUCAAAAUAAAAGUUCAGCUUUAUUACUCUCCAGGGUAACUUGAUCUGAUCAGAACAGCUAAAAGCACACCAUAUACAGAAACAAGGGGAAUCACAUCAGCAGAUAAUACACUAUCAAUUAGAAGCAAUCUUUAGCAUCUCUUAAAAGUAGGGAAAAAAGUCACUGAAACUCUUUUUAAAGUUACUUAGUCAUGAAAGAAGCCAUCACCAUUUUUUAGAUACAAGUAGAGUGAUCAUAGUCUUUGCUAAAAAUAGUGCACUCAAAAGUUGUGCAAGUGCACUGAUUGCACGUGUAAAAAAAGUGAUUGCUCUGGGAAGCCGAUAUCUUAGUCCAGAGGGGAGAGGAAUAAAUCCCUCCAAGAGCUGAUGGUCAGAGCUCGACAAAAUCAACUUCACUCUCUGCAAAAACCUGCCUGUCAAAGAUCUUCGUGAGAAAGAGAGAGGCUGAAUGCUGAGUAUCUUAGUGGCUCCUGAGGUGAAACCGUCAAAGUCUGGUCAUUAUUAAUGAAAUUAAGUCAGUGCAGGCCAUUUAUUUCAGUAUCUAAAUGAUAAUAAAAUAACCUCAAAAAGGCAAAGGCAAAGCAGCUUGUCAUAAGUUGCUCUUGGUAUACAAUGAUACUACUGUAUAACAGUAAACUGUAACCUCCUGACACCAGUUGCCUUGAGCUGUGUCCCGUGAAGAUACAGUUGACGUGUUUCCAGCUGCGGUGAAUGAAGCAAAAACGUGUCCUGAGUGAAUCAUGGUGCACGUGCUUGCUGUGGGACAGAGACAUAUAUGUACAUUUUCCCCAUUAAAGAUCGUACACUCAGCAUUAAGAUGUACCAGGCUCAGUUACUGAAGAGGUCAUUUCCUGUUAAUGGUGAAUGCACACUUCUGUCCGUUCGUAAUAUUUUAAAGCUAUUUAUGAAACUGCACUUCUUUGUACACACCUAUAUGUCUAUUAACAAUGUUUUAUAUUAAAACAAGUCGCUAACUUUUGGAUGUAGAUUUGAAGAAUUGUUGAAAAUUGUAUAUUCCUCUCUGCAACACUGUAAAAAUCUUAUUGUAGCAGCUAUUUGUGAUUAUUCCUAUGACUUAUCUGUACAGAAAUAACUUAUUUAUCUUGUAAUUGUAUUUUACAGAUUUUUUUAUCACCAUGUUCUGUAUGAGGCGAUGGUUUCUAUCAGAUUAGACAAAAAUAGCGCAUAUAUCCUGGCUGUCACGUUUUAACACUAAAGCUAUGAAAGUAAAAUGUAAGUUUCACCUCUUAUAAUAAACACUAAUACUGUUCAAUACUCA